UUUGGCGAGUGUCUCCCAGCAGUCCGUUUUCAUCAUGAAGCUGUCCGUGUGUCUGCUGCUGGCCGUGGUGGCCGCCGUCUCUGCCGACGAGGGCUUCUACCAGCCCCAGGCCGUGGCCCAGUCGGCACCCAGUGCCUACAAUAACUACUACGACCAGCAGUACCAACCCCCUCAGAAUCAAGGAUGGCUCGAUCGUCUGUUCGGGUCCAACCGGCGCCAGGGCCUUGGCGGCCUUCUCGGGGGAGGACUCGGCAUUUUCGGUCUGAUCGGUCCCAUCGCCCUGGUCGUCAUUGCCAUCGUUGGUCUGGUCGGCACAGCCUAUGUUCUCUCGGAGCUCGAUAGCUCCGGCCGUGGCCUGGACUCGGACCAGUGGGAGGUGGACCACUCGGUCUGGAUGAACCAGCUCCAGAGGGACUUUGAGGACUCGUGGUCGGUGUAAUUGUUCCUGUUAUGGAUUGCGAGAACGCGAUUCGCUGUAAAUUUUCAUGUAUAUAUCUGUUACUACUGAGAACGUUUUCAUGCAUGCUCAUUUUUAGAGCGAGUAAAAUCGGCUGUCUCCACAGCUGCUGCAACAAUUGUGAUGCCAAUUCUUUUUGUGCUUUUGUCUUUUAUGCUUCGCUUUAUUGCGCUUACGAGCUACUGUUCUAUGCAAUUCUAUCCAUCCUCCAAGGGCAGCUAAUUUCUAUCGGCUACAUCAUUUCAUCAUUGUGGACACAUAUGCCACAACGUCAACUCAUUUAAGGCCUGGCGCUCUACGGAGAGAAAAGUGUAGGCCCGACAUAGUUAAAGACAACAUGCAAAUUGUAUUCCUUUUCUGGCACAUAAAAGAGUUUUUAAUCCUGAUUUAGCUGCCCCCUCCCCCCCAUCCAUUGUUUUGUUCUCGAGCCUUAUAUAUGCCCUUGGAGUGACUUGACUUGGACCAUUGUGCCUGCUUCUUACAACUUGCACGCUUUCCUGCUAUUCUGGUUUGCCCGAUGGUUGUUAUUUGCCUAUACAAAUUUGCUGUUAAGGACAGUUCUGCCUCUUUUAUUUCAUUUGAGAACAGUUUCUAACAAAGUUACAUGAAAUUGUUGCGAUGAGAAAUAAUAACAGAGUGUUGAAAUGUGAUGUUACGGUUUCCCGUGGUUAUGUCGUUUCUCAUAUUUGUUUUGGAAACUGACAUAUUUUGUUCUGUUAUUGUUUUGUUUUCAAUAUCGAUUGAUGUGAGAAUGUCUCAGAAAUACAUUUUUGACUCAAGCA